GAGGGCUUCGACAAGGCCCUGGAGGAGGCAGGAGGUAAGCUGGUGGUGGUGGACUUCACAGCCACGUGGUGCGGCCCCUGUCAGAGCAUCGCUCCUUUCUUCAAGGGUCUGUCUGAUAAUUAUCAGAGUGUGGUCUUCCUGAAGGUUGACGUGGACGACGCACCGGAUGUGGCCAGUUUCUGUGACAUCAAGUGUAUGCCAACAUUCCACUUCUACAAGAACCAGAAGAAGGUGGAGGAGUUCUCAGGGUCCAAUCAGGCCAAACUGGAGGAGCUGGUCAACACUCACAAAUAAACACACACCCGUCUGUCUCCUCUCCUCUCUUUCACCUGUCUCAAUUCACCUGAGGACGCCCCAAAGCCUUCCACCCUGUCCUCAACUGAUUUGACAGGAUGCCUGAAUGCCUUCCACCCAAUCCUCCCUUUCUCUUCCCCCAA